GAUUGGUGAAAACGUUAGCCGGUCCCUCGCUCUACGUUAUCACUCCUCGCUGCCGCUGUUUGCCUAUUCGGUGGCAGUCCCCGUGAUUUACGGCGGCGGUGCAAAUCCAUCUUAUCCUGCACCGUCUCCUUGGCCAAUCGGUACCGGCGGUAUCCGCAUCGAUAACCGCCGCCCACCUCUUUCUCUCUAACAAGGAUCUCCACAGUCAACGCUUAUUAGGAGCUCAGACACACUCCAGAAUUUCUCGAACUUGUGGAUUUAAAAGUUCAUCAGGGUUUCAAUUUAAUUUUAUUGAGCUGGUAUCAUGGGUGCUGAAAGUGUGAAUGAAUCAUGGUUUAGAAACUUCUGGAGAACUUCAAGGAAGAGCUCAGUAUCAGACCCUGAGAAGUCCAUAGUCGGCAUUCUAGCAUUCGAAGUAUCAGUAAUGAUGUCUAAGGUUAUUAACUUGUGGCACUUAAUAGGUGACAGAUCGAUCGAGAGAUUAAGAGAAGAAAUUACAACUUCACUGGGUAUUCAAAAACUAGUCUCUGAAGAUGAUGAUUAUCUCAUGAAUCUUGCACUGGCUGAGGUAAUUAGCAAUGUAGGGUGCGUAGCAAAAUCAAUAGCUAGGCUGGGAAAGAGGUGUACACACCCAGCAUAUCAUAAUCUUGAAAACAUACUCGAUGAUCCAAUCGUGAUGGAUCUUAAAUUUAGUGGGUGGGAAUAUAGGGUGAAGAAGAUGGAUAGGAAGGUCAAGAAAAUGGAAAGGUUUAUUGGCGCCACAAUGCAGUUGACUCAAGAACUUGAAGUACUUGCAGAGAAUGAGCAAACUUUGAGACGGAUGCAGGCUGGUGGUCCCAAUUCCAAUUCUGGUCAAGUGAAAUUAAUCGAGUUUCAGCAGAAGGUUAUUUGGCAGCGCCUGGAAGUUAAGAAUUUGCAAGAAAUGUCACCUUGGGUUAGAUCGCACGACUACAUUGUCCGGCUUCUACUUCGAUCCAUUUUCACAAUUAUUAUGAGAAUCAAGUCUGUUUUUGGGAUAGAACAUAACACAGGAGUUACAUCUACUAAAACUGAAGAAAGAAGUCACUGUGAGGAUUUGAGGACCAACUCUCUAACCCGCAGCCGCUCUGUCUCUGGUUCUAUUUAUCCAUCUGAAAAUAAUAUGUCUGGGCUCUAUUCGGGACCUGUAGUUAGGUCACUGGAGAGGUCACUUUCAAGUAAGGGGCAUAGUAGUGUCAAUAAAAACAAGAUAAAUAACCAAAAGAUAUUACUUAUCAGACAGUCAUCGGUUCUCUGCGGGAAACCGUCGCUGGUCAAAGCAAGACGGCUUGCUCCUGUUGCAUCUUUUGGAGGGUGCAUCAAGGCUGCUGGUAACGAUUCACCUGUUAUAGAAAGCUGCAUGCCAAUAAAUGAUCACCUUUUGGAUUGUCGCCAUGAAUCAAAAGACAGAAACGCCCUUCUUAGGGGUGUCAUAAGGGGAACUAAAGUUUCUUUUUUCAAUAUGAAACAUAAGAAGAUGUUAGCUGUACCCCCAUCAACUCUUGGUUAUGCAGCCUUAGCUCUCCACUACGCAAAUAUUAUCAUAGUUAUUGAGAAGUUGGCGGCUUCGCCUCACUUGAUCAGUCCUGAUGCUAGAGAUGACCUGUAUGGUAUGUUACCAACUAGUAUAAGAAACUCACUGAGGGCCAGGUUGAAGAUAUUCUCAAAGACAUUGGCUUCAUCUGUUUAUAAUCCUUCACUAGCAGGAGGAUGGGCUACAGCGGUUGGAAAAAUAAUAGAAUGGUUAUCUCCACUUGCUCAUAGCACAGUGAGAUGGCAUUCUGAGAGAAACUUUGAGAAGCAACCAACAAUUUCUGGGAGUAAUGUGCUUCUUGUCCAGACCCUCUACUUCGCAAACCAAGCUAAGACCGAAGCAGCAAUUGUUGAACUUCUGAUGGGUCUCAAUUACCUUUCGCGAUUCGGUGAGGAAAUAUAUUGCAGAAACAAAGCCAUGGAGUCUUCUUGUGGUAGGGAUUGUGAUGACUAUUUUCUUCACCAGGGCAUUUCUCAUUGUGCAAUAAAUAUUGGGCCAUAAAAGACUGCCUUAUAAAUGAUGUCCGAAUGAUCUGUAGCUGGCAGAUUGAAUGCUCAUAUCAGGGUGAGGAAUUGAGGAUGCACAGUGUUGUACUUAUAACACAUACCUAUACCUGGGAAGAGAAGCUACUUCAUAUAUUUUUUUUGUAACAUUCACCUGUAAAGCCAUGCAGUCUUCUAUCUUAUUUAUAAACUGCCUUUUUUGUAAAAGUUUCUUUAGAAAGCAGUACUAGAAUUAUCUCCUUUUAUAAAAUGCAUAAGAAAUUAUAAGAAUACGUUACUCAUCUUUAAUACUCCAACCUUUUUACGAUUUGAUGUUGGCCCGAGGCACUCUU